GCACUGAGCAUUCCUCCUCCAAAAAUACAUGUGGAACACUAUCGCGCAUAGGUUAGAAGCCGCACUUAGCCCACUAAGGGCGCUAGAAGCCGCAGCAUCCGCUCCGCACUACCACACACAACGCAACCUUCCCACGGCCAUUCAACGUCGAAUUGGAUCUCUAAUGCCUGCAUAAAGUGCCAGGCCACCAGUGAGAAGUGCUUCUUCGCAGCAUGGAUCCAUACCAGUCCUCUCAGGUCGGACCGAUGCUAACAGAUUCCACCACGGUUGCACCUUUUGACUUGCAAUCUCCCACCUUGCCAUCUGGCACGGCGUCGCUAGCGGCAUUCGCGGCGCUGUCGCACGACAUAUCGUCGUCGGUGGCGUCCAUCCUGCUGUCCACCACCAACGCGGCCAUCCACCCGCACCUCUUCCAAGCAUGGAGCUUCCCGCCCAGCCCCCGCUCCGACGCGAGCGGCGCAUUCACCCCCGACGACACCACCCACGCUGCCGCUGUGCCUGCACUCGAGCAGGUGGCGCCGGGCAGCGUGACAGCAGCCAGCGUGCGUGACGGGGUAGUGGGCGGCGCGUCGAGAUACGCGGAGGACGAGCAGCUGCCGGCUCUCAUGGGCGUCAGCUGGAGCGGGGGGCAGCAGCCGGGGGACGCGCAGGUGCUGAAGCAGCCGGCGCAGCGGAGCAUCAGCCCUACCCGGGAGCGUAGAAAGGCCGCAUCCUCUAGCCCUUCCCCCACCCGCCUGCACUGCAGUGCUGACCGCACCGCGCCCUCGCACCACGCGUGCCACGCGAUGACGGCAACGUGCUCGCAGGGGCAGUACGCACGGAACGACCCGCAGAAUGGGGCAUCCUACGCGGCCAAGACCCCCUCGUCUAGUCCUGCCCAUGGAAGUCCGAGCGCCGCUUCCCGCGGGGCCGACCCUCCUCGCAGGACCCACCCGCCGCCCCUCAUGGCUCCUGGCGUGCCCAAUGUGUUUUCCACCAAACCGCCUCGCCCGCCGCGGCACAGCAGCAAGGCGGCGAGCAGAGGUCUGCGCAGCGGCGACGCACGAAAGCCGUCCGCAGGCGGCAGUGGUGGGGUCAGCCGUCUGAUGGGCGGGCGGCGGAAGGCGAGCGGAGAGGCGGCCGUGAUGAUGCCGCUAAUCAUCCUGCUCCUCGCGCUCUUCCUCGUGCUGACCUUCGUCCAAGGCCUCCUCUCAACUGAGCAGGCGAAACGAAUCCUCGCGGACCCUAACCCCCGCACGCAGAAGCUGACAGGCUUGACGUGGCACGACCUGGUUCAGGGAUGGAACGGGAGCAGCAGCAACACGAACUCGACUUCACCUGACGUGAAUGCCGUGCCUGGCUCGCCCUACAGCAGCAUGAACCGCAAGCUGGGCGGGUCACCUCCCUACACAAGGUCAGGGGCAAAGCAGUCCCUGGCGCACAUCCCUCUGCACACUCUGGGGCAGCAGGCGAAGCUGAGUCUGGCUGGAAUGGCAGAGCUGAGCAGGCUCAAGCAUGUGGCCACAUGGCCGCUAAGACGACUUCUGCGCUGAGUCUUUGAACACGCCUACGGGAAAUGAGAUGCAAUACGCGCACUUUGUGGGACACCCCGAUCUCUUGGAACGGCUGUACCUAUGCCUAGGUUGUGACGUGCUCUAAAGAGCGCCAUUAGCCUUGUACUAUACUGUUAUAUCCUAGUGUAUAAUGCGAAAUUGUACCAG